UUCUGAUCUCUAGCUAGCUAGCUCACUGCCAUGGGUGUCAACAGCGAUGCUGCAGCCGUCUACGGUCACAAGCUGUCGACGGUCGUCCCCGGGUCGGUCUCCGGGGAGGCCGUGGUGCAUGAGCUCGCCGACGUGGACCUCGUCAUGAAGCUGCACUACGUGAGGACGGUGUACUACUUCGAGCAACACGAGACGAUCGACGGGCUCACCAUUGUGGACAUUAAGAAGCCGAUGUUCCCGUGGCUGAACUCGUACUUCCCGGUGACCGGUCGAAUCCGGCGGACCGAGGCGGGGCGGCCCCUGAUCAAGUGCAACGACUGCGGGGUGAGGAUCGUGGAGGCCAAGUGCUGCCGGACCCUCGAGGAGUGGCUGCGGGUGCCGCACUCGGCCAGGUGGAGGCCGCUUGUUCCGGACAAGGUCCUCGGCCCGGAGCUGCACUUCUCCCCCAUGGUUUACGUUCAGUUCACUAAGUUCAAGUGCGGAGGGACGGCGAUUGGGUACAGCUGGUCUCAUGUGCUUGGAGACCCAGUAACAGGGACGAACUGCAUCAACCUGUGGGGACGAUUGCUCGGUGGUAAUCCACCACCCAAAUCCCUUCUUCCGCACAGUGCCCGGACUCCUACGGGAAGGCCUGCGAGACAAGCACCUGCAUCUGCCACGCCACUCUCGGUCAAGCAGGUCGAACCGGUUGGAGACUUCUGGCUGGUCACCAACGCCUGCAAAAUGGCUACGGACUCCAUUACCAUCACAGAGAGCAGGCUCGAGCGCCUGCAAUCCGAGAAGCUGAACGGCGUCCCGGCCUUCGAGAUGAUCUCGGCUCUCUUCUGGCGCUGCUUGGCAAGUGUUAGAAGAGGCGGCAGAGAACCCAGGGUGGUCACCAUCUGCAGACACAAGCCUAGGGCGAAGAGGUGUGCACAACUGAGCAACGAGCAGAUGAUAAGCACAGUCAGUACCUCAGCUGCUUCUCCUGUCGAUCUCGACCUGGCAGAACUAGCACAGCUGGUGUCGAAGCAGCAAGUGGAUGAGACGAAGCUGGUGGAAGAAUCGAUCGACGGCGAUGGCGGCAAGCCGGACUUCGUCGUCUACGGUGCAAAUCUUACAUUUGUGGAUAUGGAGGGAGUUGACUUGAGUGGGCUGGACAUCAAGGGCGAGAAGCCUGUUCAGGUUGACUGCGUGAUCGAUGGGGUCGGCGACGAGGGAGCAGUUCUUGUGUUUCCCCGAGGAGCCGAUGCCGGUGGCGGAAGCAAAGGAGGAGCGGCGGUGUUGAUCCUUCCGGAGGACCAAAUCAUGAAGCUAAAGGAAGUGCUCAAGAGGGAAUUCGACAUUGCUUGAGGAGAUGCCUUCUCUCUCAUUCAUGGUGUCCUUCCUUCAGAAUAAAGGAUUCGAUUUCAUCACCAAGUGUUCGUCCUAAUGUCGUAAGUUCAUUGUCACAUCAUACGUUGCAGACUACAUCUUCUCUCUACCCUAUUGAUAUCUGUCAAGAUCAAAUGUUCUUCU